AUGAUAAAACACCAACUCAGGGAAUCCUUAUUGUUGCAUCAUGUGGAUCAGUGCCUAGUUCCUAAUUCUCCCCCAGCGCUGUUCAUAUAUGACUAUGCACUUACAUUUUCGAAGGAGAUAGACCUGUUCUGGCGUAAAGAUCGCCAGGCUUGGUCUUUCGUGCUCUUCAUCACCAACAGAUACAUAGGCCUCUUGGGCCGUAUAUUGGAGCUUUUUCGGGUUUUUUCUCUAAACAGCAGCGGCUUAGAUGAUUCAGUGUUCAGCAACACGGCAGCAGUUAUGAUGGGACGUGUUUAUGCCUUCUACAAUCGAGACCGACGUGUCCUAAGUCUCCUCGUUGCGAUGGCAAUGAUCCCUGUAGGAAUCACUGGCUGGGGACUGUCAAUUCGUCCACUACGACCCCCAUCCGACAAGAUCACAACAGCUCCGGUCACCCAUGCUGGGUGUCCUGAUUCAGAGAGUUCAGUACACUAUGCCUGGCUUUUUGCAAUAUCCACUCCCGUUCUUAUGCUUCCGUGUGCCAGGGCUUCAAGUUGGGCUGCAGCAUGGGGUGGUCAAAUGUUGUUUGAUGCUCUGGUUUUCAUCCUCACUCUCAGGAAGCUGAUAAAUAGUCACUCUCUUGGAAAACGGACAUUCACGGCCUUGGCAUUGCGCGACGGUGCAUUGUACUUUGCUGUGAUGACCGUUGCGAACGUCCCAAACAUUACUACGUUUUUGGUGAUGUCAGAUAGGCUGACACUUCGAAAGCCAUUCGAAAGAUCGAUGUUAUCCGUUCCGACGAAUACUAUAUCACUCAUACAUGUCGUUGGUGGCUUCCUUCUCGCGAAGGCUUUGCGCGGUGAUGGUCUCCAGGUUGAUGAUCAACCUUCGAGAUCUGGAACGCAAGUGGUUGGCCAGGCGACUCCACAUGAUGGUCAGACGAGGUUUCAUCGACUGUCCACACAUCCUGAUUUUUAA